AAAGAGUUAACUAAAGUACUUAUAUAUUAUAGUUGAAAGAAUUUAACUUUUGUUUUGUUUUGUUUUGUUUUUAAUUAUUUCUUCAUUGUCAACUUUGUGCAGUUCAUUUCUUUCGACUAUAAAUAACUCCACACGCCUUGUUUCUCCAUAUCCCUCGUCCCUUUCAAUUCCAAUUCCUUAAUUUUUUUCAUUGUUAAUUUUUAGCAUCAUGGCUGGUCAACUACCACGUCCAUGGUUUCGUUUGGGCUCUAUGACCCGACCAACAACUGCCACAACCAACGCUCCGAUCCCGGACCAACCUCGUCCAGCUGCAGCCCGAGUUCGACCGCCCAUAAUCCGCCCCGCCGCCUUGACAGAGCCGGCAGAACCCACCACUCCACAGCGACCAAAAUCCCCCCAUCAAUUGCCUCGCGCUGCCUCACUAACCCCUCCGGUGAAAAACGCAGCGUCACCACCGCGUGUUCUUCCAUUGCCAUCGAAGGGACAGAGUGGUGGGACUGCAACGGCAUCUCCGGCGGCGAAUCCUACUAGCCCAAAGGAAAGAAGCUCUUCAGUUGUAGGGUCUCCAAUGACGAAUAAUAAUAGUAAACAGCCGAGUCCGUUCCCAUCUCCGUCAAUUCCCAAGUCCAUACCGGCAGUUCCGACACCGUACCAGUCUCCGAAGCCGAAAGCCACCGCUUCUCCACCGUCACCACUGAUUUUACCGCCGCCGCAGUUGCUGUCUGUUGCUGAGCCUAAACAUGAGACUAUUCCUCAAGAGGUAGAAAGGAAGACAGUUGUUUUCCAGAAAGUGAUGGACAAGGCUUCACAAGCAGAGCAUCAUAUCACAGAUUACCAUACUCAUACUGCUGGAUUUGACCAAAACGGGAAGCAAGAAUCGAACAAAAGUGAUGAGAAUCAAAUUAGCAAAGACAAAGGAACAAUUAUUGGAGGUAAUAAAAAAGCUGCAUUUGAUGAUAACACAAGAGUUAUAACAAUGGCAGGAGAAAACAAAGGAGCUUUCAUGGAAAUACUCUUCUCAUCAGACAAAAAUAGCAACAGCCGCCAUCAACAGCAACAACAACAACAAAACCAAGACAACAACGUUAUUAAUAGUCCUAAAGACAGCAAAAGUAAAAAGAAAACAAUGAGGACUAAGACACGUAAUGUACUGCCUAUGAAAGCCUUCUUUAACAGCAAUGUUCAAGGGAUAAACAAUUCUAUUCUUAUGGACUCCAAAUUCACUCACCAUGAUCCUGGGAUUCACCUGGUUUUUUCCUCCAUUCCACCAUCUGCUGAAGAUGAAGAUGAUCAACGAAACCAAUGAACAAAUUCUUUGCUUUCCUCUUCAUCAAUUUGUGUCUCUUAUAAGUUAAUCAUCUGUGUUUUUUCCCCUUCUAAUUUUAUAUAUUUGUUGUUGCUUUGAGAGAAUAACAUAUGGGAGUUAAAUUGAGAGUUAUGAUUCAGCCUAGAGACUGAGAGUUGUUAAUUGAUGUUUAGUUUAAUACAUAUAAUAAAAUGGGCUGACAUUUCUGUUUAA